UUGAAAUACCAGCUGCCUUGAGGCACGGGCGGCGGCUGGUAGAGGUAUAUAUUCAGGGCUGAGCACACCCGGCACACAGGCUUGCAGGCUGCCUGCCCACCUCUGCUUCCUCCAGGAACACAGGACUUCCAGACCACAUCCGGCCACCAUGAGUUCCCUCGGUGAAGCAAUCAUCCAUCUUGCAAUCGAUCUGUUCCACCAGAUCAGAAAAUCAGAGAAGGAAAACAUCUUCCUGUCGCCUUUCAGUAUCUCGUCAGCCUUAGCCAUGACUUACUUAGGGGCCCGAGAAAACACCGCAUCACAAAUGCAGAAGGUCCUUCACUUCAAUAAAAUCGCAGAGAACACAAGAGGAGGAGCCGCAAAAGAUCACGUUGAAAAGCCAGGAAAUGUUCAUCAUCACUUUCAAAAGCUUCUGACAGAAUUAAAGAAAUCCACAGAUGCCUAUGAGCUGAGUGUCGCCAACAGGCUCUAUGGAGAAAAGGAGUUUCGGUUUCUCCAGGAAUACAUGGAUAAUGUUCAGAAAUUUUAUCUAGCCAGUGUGGAAUCUGCUGAUUUUCAAAAUGCUGCAGAGGAAAGUCGAAAGAUGAUUAAUUCCUGGGUGGAGAGCCAAACCAAUGAAAGAAUCAAGGACCUAUUUCCCAAAGACUCUCUCGACAGCUCUACUGUUCUGGUUCUGGUGAAUGCCGUCUACUUCAAAGGGCAGUGGAACCAGAAAUUUAAGGAAGAACAUACUGCAGAGGAAAAAUUUUGGCUGAACAAGGAUACAAGCAAACCUGUGCAGAUGAUGAAACAAACCAAUAAUUUCAAGUUCGUGUCACUGGAGGACGUGCAAGCCAAGAUCCUGGAAAUCCCGUACAAAGGCGAAGAGCUAAGCAUGAUGGUGCUGCUGCCCAAUGAAGUAGACGGUCUGCAGGAGCUUGAAGACCAGCUCACUGCUGAGAAGUUAAUAGCAUGGACGAGCCCACAGAAUAUGGGGAAGCAAGAAGUGGACUUAUACCUGCCUCGGUUUAAAGUGGAAGAGAGCUACGACCUCGUGCCCACACUGCGAGCCCUGGGGAUGGUGGACGCCUUCAAUGACAGGGUCGCCAACUUCUCGGGCAUGACCGGGAGACGUGAUCUGGCGGUGUCGACGGUCGUCCACAAGUCCUUUGUGGAGGUGACCGAGGAGGGCACGGAGGCCGCGGCUGCUACCGGUGUGGGUAUUAGUGUCACAUCAUUACCGUUUCGAGAGAGUUUCCGCUGCGAUCACCCUUUCCUGUUCCUCAUCAAGCACAUCAAGACCCACAGCAUCCUCUUCUGCGGCCGAGUCUCUUCCCCUUAGACGUCCUUGGGCAGCGGCCACACUCGGGGACAUUCAGAGAGCUGUUCCCGGAGCUUGAAUGCUGGUGCACAGGUGCCCUUGGAUUCGUUUUCCUUUCCAAUCUCACAGUCACCACUGCGCAUGUACUGGUGGAAGUCUGAAUAGGACGUCUGUCUAUCGCUCUCCUUCUACAAACAUGUAAACUGACUGUAUCUCUCUGUGAUAACUCCUCUUUGCACAAAAUGUUCAAUAUAUUUUAAAAGAUUAGCUGAUUCAUGUCAAUGUAUGGCAAAAAUCACCACAAUAUUGUAAACUAAUUAGCCUCCACUUAAAAUACAUUAAUAAAAAAAGAUUAUUAUUAUACUCUAUCUUCUACUAAGCCUCAAAUAUCAUCGCUCUUAUUAAAAAAUUACAUAUACUAAAAAAUAUACACUGUAAAUCAUAUAUACUCUUCACCUAGGCACUCACAUUUCUUUGAAUUUAGGUGGUAUGUGGGACACUUACAUGUCUAAAGUUUUUGAUUUUGUGAAAUACAUUAUCAAUAAAACAAUGAUUUAUUCA